AUGGCUCGAACCUCAGCACUUCUGCUAUCGCUCCUUGCGAGUCAAGCCUGCGCCCAUACUUUCAUCUGGGGCGUUUUCGUCAAUGGCGUGGACCAAGGCACCUUCAAGGGGAUCCGCAUCCCAGCUUACAACGGUGCAUCAGGCAAAGGCGGCUACAACAAUUCGCCAGUCAAGGAUCUAGGCUCAAUAGACUUGCGCUGCAAUGUCAUGGGUGACGUGCAGGCUCACGACACGAUCAAGGUAGCACCUGGCGACAACUUGACCUUCGACUGGCACCACGAUAUCCGGAAUGAUACGGAUGAUGUGAUUGCGUCGAGCCACCACGGGCCAUCUCUUGUCUACAUCUCCCCCGACCCACCGACACAGAACUCCUUCGUCAAGAUCUGGCACUUAGGAAAAUACGAAAGCAACCCCUUCCCCCAGGCAGGGAAGUGGUCUGCAACCUCGGACAUCGCAAAGAACUUCGGGCACAUGAACGUCCGUAUUCCCCAAGGUCUUAAGGCCGGACACUACUUAAUCCGGGCUGAAAUCAUCGCCCUGCACGAAGGCGAUGUCUCUUUCAAAGCAAACCCGAGGCGAGGUGCGCAGUUCUACCCUGAUUGCGUGCAGAUUGAAGUGACCGGUAAUGGCACCGUCGAGUUACCGGAGGGUGUCUCCUUCCCUGGAGCGUACAGCUAUGAGGAUCCGGGUGUUGUACACAACGUAUAUUGCUCCACCGAGACGAAGAAGCCCAAAACCAGCACAACUCCGUGUGUAACCGACUAUAUUAUCCCAGGUCCCACCGUUUGGUCCGGCGCCUGGCCCGAAACCACGUCAGUAUCGGUGGGUCCCGUCAAGGGUGUGACGACGGCGACGCCGUGGUCGACCUGGAUUGGAACCGACUCGGUUGUUACGAGUGCCACGUACGCGGAUGUGAAAAGUCAGACGAUCGUGGGGACACAGAAGUAUACCGCGAUUUGGAGUGAAACAUACGUUACGCCGACGCCGGGCUCGCCGAGAUGGUAAGUGUGAAAUAAGAAGCGAUGGGGGUCUUGAAAUAGAGGAAGAGGUAUGACCGAAUACUCAAAUGUAUUUGUGCACUCUCGACAUGUAUAAAUUCGUUGCAAGUGCC